AUGUCUCCUGGGCCAAUAUCGUCGUUGCAGCAGAUGGGACGACUUGGGCCGGCCAUGUUUGUUCUGCAGGUCGCCCGCUUCGAUAUCCUGCUGCUGGUUUUUGACAGGGUGCUUCUGGGCCUUGCAACGUCUGCACGAGCUCCUUCCAGGGUGGACUUCUCCUUCCUUGUCUGGGGGAUGGACCGAUCUGACAGCCUUAUGCUCGUCUCUGACUUCUUGCUGCCGGGCCCUCCGGCCUUCUUGAAGAGUUGCGGCUACUUUGGCCUGGUGAUGCCGGCCUCCAGCCUGGCAAAGUUCGGCGCCUCCAUGUCGGCGGCGGACCUCCUGUUUUCAGGCCUAUUGUUGCUGAUGCAGUCUCUCGGCCGUUUGGGGCUAACUUUCUUCCUGUUUGGCAUGAGUCGGGUAGGCUCAUCCACGUCUCUGAUGGACCAUGCUGCUCUGGGCUUGCUGCCAUCUGCACACAGCAUGUCUGUAUUAGGAAGCACAUCGCCCGCGGUCGGGCUGUCGCGCCUUGGAUCGCCACCUGUUGUGCUGGACAUGUCCUCCCCAGGCCCACCUUUACCUGCUCGUGGUGCUGCUUGCCUGGGCCUUUCCCCAGUACCACUUAGAAGAGUAGGCUUCGAUGCCUCCAUUCUUGCGAUGGACUGGACGCAUCCCGGAGCAACGAUGUUGGUGCGUAGCCCGGCGCAAAUCGGCAGCGUGCUUCCCCUCUGCAGUUGUGGUCGCUUCGAGCCCUCCACAUCGGUUCUAGACCUGGUUCAACUUGGGCCGCUGUUGCCCCUGAAGAGCGCCGGUAGCCCGGGUGCAGCACCGACUGCUUUCGGUACAGGCUGCCCGGAAUCGCUGCCGGCGGCCUUUGACUUCGCAAGUCAUGGAUUUCCGUCGGCCUUGCGCAGCUUUGCUUGCCCGGGGGCGGCAGCGUCGCCGUUCAGCUUGUCUCGAGCUGGGGUGCCCGUGCCAGUAUCUGACUUUGAUCAGAUUGACUUCACAUUGGCAGCUCGAUCCUUUGCACAAGCUGACAUUGCGUUUCUAUUGUUCGGCAUGGCCAGGAUGGCAUCGUCAACGUUCUCGUAUGAUGGUGAGGCCUUUGGCGUGUCCUUGCCGAUGAGAUCCCGCGUUUGGCUGGACUCGCUACUUCCAGCAUACGGGAUGGUCUGCCUGGGUUCACUGCUGCUGGUGCCGGACUUCGUCCAGGCUGGCUUGCCUCCUUCAAUGCGAAGCUGUGCUUGA